CUGAACAGCUGUCAACAUUUUGUAAACAACGGACUGUUCUCAGCAGUGCGGGUGUUUAGUUUUGGUUCGUGUCGGUGCCGGAAGAUGAAAAAUCGAUACUGAAAUUGUAGAAUUGAGUGAUUUUACUGUUGAAUGUACUGAAUUGAUACGUCCUACUUUGAGUUGAGUUUAAACCACACUUGAUCGAUGAUUUAAAGUUGUCGGUCACCAUGGUCUGUCUUUGUAGCCUGUACGCACAGCUUUAUUUAGUGCUGUUUGUAGGAUCGUUCUGUCUAAUAGGAACACUAACGGUGUUUCUACUUUUACGGCAGCUUAUCAAGCGCCAGAGGGGUAAACGCCUGGACAACGACAAAUACGUGGCCCUGUUUCAUCCAUACUGCAAUGCUGGAGGAGGCGGAGAACGUGUGCUGUGGUGCGCCGUCCGUGCUCUACAGAAUAAAUACGAAGGAAUAAAACUAUUUAUCUAUACCGGCGAUCUGGAGGCUACUCCCGAGGAAAUUCUCAAUAAAGCAGAGAGAACAUUCAAUCUCACAUUGGACACGGAGAAGAUUGAAUUCGUAUAUCUGAAACAGCGCAAAUGGAUCGAAGCAAAACGGUACCCCUACUUCACCUUACUAGGACAAAGCUUGGGCUCUAUGGUGCUAGCUCUGGAGGGUUUGCUCAAUCUACAGCCGGAUGUUUUCAUUGAUACAAUGGGAUACGCUUUCACCUAUCCGGUCUUCUCCUAUCUGGGUGGCUGCAAAAUCGGUUGCUAUACUCAUUAUCCCACCAUAAGCACCGAUAUGCUUCGCAGGGUUCAGAACCACGUAAAUUCAUACAAUAAUCGAGGCUAUGUCGCUCGCAAUCCGUUUGCUACCUGGAUCAAAAUUGCCUACUAUCGGAUUUUCUCCAAGAUCUACGGAAUGGUCGGUCGAUGUGCUGACACUGUUAUGGUAAAUUCAAGUUGGACCGAAGGCCAUAUCAUUUCCUUGUGGGACGUCCCUUACAAAACCCAUCGAGUCUAUCCACCGUGUGAAGUUUCUGAACUGAAGAAACUUGAAUCACUAGCCAGUGGCCACGAAAAGAUAAUCAUUCUGUCCGUGGGUCAAUUUCGACCGGAAAAAGAUCACCCCCUUCAGUUGCAAGCCAUGUAUGAACUGCGGACGCUGCUUAACAAAGACGAAGACCUGUGGAAUCGAUUGCGGUUGAUGAUUGUUGGUUCAUGUCGAGAUGCCGAGGAUCGAGAACGUGUUAAAAAUAUGCAGGACUUUCAGCAGCAGAUUGCAGUUCUCCUGCAGAACAACGCAGUUCCCCAGGCUGGGAGCGAGAAAAUCAUCGAGUCGCUGGCGACGGGAAUCCAAGAAUUCCGGUUCGACCCAGACGGCGGAAUUUUCUUCGACUCUUGGUUCGCUCGGUAUGAAGACGUCUUCAGGCAAGAUGGGCAACAUUUGGACGACGCUGCCAAGGUCAGGCUGCUCCUCCGGAAAGUCGAUACGCAGUUCCACGAACGCCCAAGCGUCUCUUCGGUCGACAAAAAUCGCUGUUCAACGCACGGUACCAGUGUCUGCAGUAUAAGAAGGACGACGCAAGAAGCCGAAGAAAGCGCCCCACCUGCCGAAGGCUGCCAGCUUACCCUGGACAAGCUGAAGACGAAAAAGGUUCCGAAGACGCCUUGCUGGCUCUGCGGAGACUUCCAUUACGUUCGUGAGUGCCCGUUCCAGAAUUCCACCUGCGGAAAAUGCAAACGCAGGGGCCACAAGGAAGGUUACUGUGCUUCAGCGGAUUCCAGGAAGAAACCAUCCGACGAGCAUCAUCCAAACCUUCGGAAGAUGAAAGGUGUCACUCUGGUGCAGAAAGUUGACGUUUCCAAGAGGCGCAAGUUUGCUGAUGUUCAUCUGAACGGUGUCAACGUCAAGCUCCAGCUGGACUGUGCUUCUGACAUCACCAUCAUCUCUACGCAAACUUGGAAACCCAUCGGAAAGCCAACAAUCAACCAGACGAACAUCGUUGCGACCAGUGUAUCCGGAAAUAUGCUCGACGUUUUGGGUGAAUUCAACGCACGAGUGACUAUCCGGAACGUCUCAAAACGAUCAUGCAUCUACGUCACAAACCAUCCAGAUCUGAACGUCCUUGGCAGCGACCUCAUCGAUUCAUUCAACCUUUGGUCGAUUCCCUCCGAUUCACUGGACGGAUCCACUUCGAACUUCUCAAUAUCCGGUGGACCGUUGAUGGACAUCGUGGAAACUUCCGAGGGCAGCCAAAACGGAUAUCUGGCAGUGGACGCGUACGACUACGCCCACUGCAUCGCUACCAUUCUGUACAGCAGCCGGGACUAUAACAAGAAAAUUCGGGAAGCGGCGCGUGCAUCGGUGGACCGAUUUUCGAAAAAGAAUUCGAAAACGGUUUCCUUCGCGCAAUCUCACCGAUUAUGGACGAUAACAAGGAAAUCAGAUGAAUGGGUCAAAUCCGAUAAAGUGUAA